GCGUACGUUAUAACGUAUCGUCGGUCCGCAAGACUUUUUUAAUUUAAUUAGUGUCUCGUGUUUAUUAUCCACCGAUGUUUUAUCUCGACGGUGUUCCGUGCAUUUUAACGCGACUCGAGAAAUAUGAGACUGAAAACUUGAUCACAGCCAGUACGCGUAUUCGUUAUUCGCGGUAGAUAUUAUAGGUUAGAAAGGUUCGCAUGUUUUAAUCGCGAAGGCGCGUAUCUUUCAUUGGCUGCAAAAUGGAUUUUUCUGGGAACAACGUCGUCCACGGAUCUCUCCCACAAUUUUCUGAAUUAACGUCCCGAUCGAACAUAAUUCCAAUGUCGAAAUUCACGAGCGGUGAUCAUACUCAAGCAGAACAAACGCUUGUUUAUACAACUGCUCCCGGAUCGAAUCACUCGAAACAGAGUUUGUUUGUGAAUUCGACGAAUAAAUAUACUGGACCAAUACUUGCAUGGCCAGAUCCGAACACUUUGAUGCAACUUUGCGAGAAGCAGGGCAUUCAAACUAUUAACAUUCCUAAUUACAAUCAAAACAAUUCAAUACUCAGCGUUCAAUCAAAUAGUUUGCCAGUAAGAAUUAUACCUAAUAUGUACUUGCCAUCAACGUCUCAACCUGAGAGUAUCAAACAAGACUUGGAUACAAGGACUGAGAAUGAAGUGAAAUCUCCAUCAGUGCAAGAUUCUCAAGCUCAACUUCAACAACAAAGUGCCAUGGCUGAGUACUUUCAGAAGCUACAAGCUACUACUCUUCCAUUAACCUUGCAACAGUUGAUUAAGUUGCAAACUGAACAAGUGAAGAAGGAGAAGACAGAGGAGGAGAAGGUGGAACACUCUCAGAACAACAUUCUUAACAUUCCCAGUGUUCCAGUGUUCAGAAAUACUCAGUUGCAAAAUGGGAACGCUUUCAUGAGUUCUGAUCAAAUGAUGGUGUCUAUUAAUCCGAAUGAUUUGAACGUGCACUUGGACAACCAACAAGAGAAUGACAAUACAGUACAAACUAUUAAGGUCGAGCAACAGAUACAAACGGAUUCGCCAAAAACUGAAAAGAAGAUGAAAUUCCGCGCGAAAACUGGCGAGAUAAAAAUUAGCGUCGCGUUGGACGGUUCGACUCUUUACUGUUGUCCAGAGUGCAGUUUAGCUUUUCCGGAUAAGACGGAAAUCGAACAACACAUACAAGCUCAUAUACAAGAACGUAAGUACCAAUGCAAAGAAUGUGGCGCCAUGUUAAAGCGGAAAGAGCAUCUGGACCAGCACAUGCGUGGCCAUUCGGACGAGAGGCCGUUCAAAUGUCCAGUCUGUCAGAAAGCGUUCAAAAGGAACGAGCAUUUAACGAGGCAUUAUGUGAUACACUCCGGCGAUAAGAAUUUCUCUUGCACCGUGUGUCAAAAAGCGUUCUCCAGGAAGGACCACCUGAACAAACAUACUCAAACGCAUUUAGGGAUCAGAAGAAAUCGAAUGAAGAAGGAGCCAUUCUUCGUCGAGCAGAAAGAAUCCUUCGAGAAGGCUCCUGAAGUUUCCAAUAUGCCUAAGCAAGAAGUGAGCUUCGUAUUGAAGGACGGUAGCUUUAUCAAGCAGGAGCCUAAUUUCCUUCAAUACAUUCAGAACCUUCAGAAGGAUCAGAAUCUGUUGCACACGUUCUCCUCGUUCAAGGAGCAGGCGAUGAAGGAGGCGAACGUGUUGCAACAACAGGCGGUCAACAUGAAUGAGAUUCUGCCUCAGAAUACAAGGUACUUAAUGCCAUCUUAGUCGUAGACAAAACUCGUCUAAAAUCCAAAGCAAUAAAGGCUGUUUAACGAGGAGCGUUGGAGUUAGCACAAAAUAGAAAAUUACGUGUUAGACGUGUACUAGGAAUUGGAGUGUAUUCUAGAAUUCGAAGAACGAAAGUAGCACCCAGAUAUUCGGGUGCGACUGAGCGAAUUUCUAAUUGGCAUUAAACGAUGCUCUAAUGAAAAUUAAUUCUUCGACGUUUUCAUUCUAAGAGGGGAAAAUACGAGAAACUUUCGAACACGAUUUAGCAAUUAGUAUUCAAGCGAGCAGUACCUUAUAUUUGUAUUCAAAGCGGACACGCCUUGAAGAGCUAUGAACUGCAGCUAAGUUCUGUCGCUUGCAUGAAAUAUCGGUAUUUCAUUCUUCGGGAUCGUCCGCUGAUAGAGCCUGAGUGAGUCUUAAAUUAGUGAACGCUGGACUCGUGCUGAAUCUCGAAUUUUUGAAAUCUGGACGGGUUAGGAACUUCGGACAAAAUCGGGCAAACUUUCCGAUGGUGACCGAACUCAGCCGAUCUCGUCCGACUUCACCCGAACUUCCAUUCUCGUCCCAGAGUUCAACGCUUCGGACAAAAUCGGGCAAACUGUAUCUCUUCCGAUCGUAACCGAACUCAGCCGAUCGUGACCGAUUUCACCCGAACUUCCAUUCUCGUCCCAGAGUUCAACGCUUCGGACAAAAUCGGGCAAACUGUAUCUCUUCCGAUCGUAACCGAACUCAGCCGAUCGUGACCGAUUUCACCCGAACUUCCAUUCUCGUCCCAGAAUUCAACGCUCCGAGGUUCAGAACGAUCCACGCUUUUAGUAAUCGAAAUGCAUAAAAAAUAUCAGUUCGUUGUACGAAAAGAAAGGAAAUUAAAUAUUAAGUACCGUGACUGUCUCGUGUAAACUAGCUUUAAAAAUACAGUUUGUUUACUGAU